AUAGAGAAUUCCAUUAGAAACUCUAGCCUUCACGGGUUACGUAUUCAUAGAGAAGCUCCACUGAUCUCCCACUUAUUCUUUGCGGAUGAUUCCUAUCUAUUCCUCCGUGCCUCCUCUACUGAAUGUGCCCGUCUAAUUGAAAUACUUCAUGAAUAUGAAGUGGUGAGUGGGCAACGAGUUAAUCUCCAGAAAUCAGCUGUUACAUUUAGUGCAAAUGUCUUAGACUUAAAAGCUACUCGUCUAGCUGGCUUACUUGAUGUGUCUACAAUUGGAGUUCAUGAUAGAUAUCUUGGACUUCCAUCUCAGGUUCAUAGAUCUAAAAUCCAAACCUUUAGGUAUAUUGAAGACUUUUUAGCAACCCGAAUAUGCCAUUGGAAAUAUAAAAAAAAUAUGUCUUUAGCUGCCAAAGAAGUAGUCAUUAAAGCAGUUGGGACAACAACUCCUAUCUUUGCUAUGUCCUGCUUUAGACUCACUUCUGACUUGUGUAGAAGGAUGAACGGGCAACUCUCCACUUUUUGGUGGGCAGGUCAAGACAAAGAAAAAGGUAUCCAUUGGUUAUCAUGGUCUGAAUGUUGUUUCAGCAAAUUUGAAGGAGGAUUGGGAUUUAGAGACUUUGAUAGGUUCAAUGUAGCAAUGCUAGCCAAGCAAGCUUGGAGACUUAUCUGCGAACCGGAGAGUAUCCUUGCCAGAAUUUAUAAGGCAAGAUAUCAUUUCACUGAUCAUUUCCUCCUAGCCUGUCAGGGGGCCCACCCCUCUUGGGCUUGGCAAGGUAUCUUGCAGGGUAGAGAUCUAUUGAGUAAAGGUCUUCGUUGGCAAGUAGGAUCAGGAUCUAGGAUAAACACCUUACUAGACCUUUGGCUACCAACAGACCCUCCAUCUAGCCCUGUGUUGUUAAUUGGCGCCUCACUAGAUCAUCCUAUGGUCUCAUUUCUUCUGGAUUCCAAUGCCAUGGAGUGGAAACUAGACUUGCUCAAAACCUUAUUUCAUAUUGUCACGAUCGAAAAAAUCUUAUCCAUCCCUCUCCCAUCUUCCCCCCAAGAAGAUAAAUUGAUUUGGCACUAUGACAAGUCUGGUCACUAUACAGUUAAAUCGGGGUACCACCUCCUUUCGGCUGGUUUAACUUCACCUAUGAACUCCCUUCUAGAAUUUUUGAACACCAAGUUCUGGAAAUUCAUGUGGAAUAUUCCAAUACCUCCUAAACUCAAAUUCUUUCUUUUGAGAUUGGUGCGUGGAUUUCUACCAGUUAAAGGAAUCCUCUUUUAUAAGAAAAUUAUUUCAUCAAGUAUAUGUCCGGUUUGCUGCGAGGUAAAUGAAGACUUCAAGCACUGCUUCUUCGACUGUAGAAUCACUAGAGAACUGUGGACAUUAACUGACCUUGACCAUAUAAGAGAUAUGAUGAGGGCAAGUUCUAUGGAUCUUGCGUGGAGGAUCCUAUUUUUCACGCACCAUAUCUCCAAGAAUGACGUAGCUUUCAUUGUCUUCUUAUUCUGGAGAAUAUGGAAAGAUCGAUGCAAGGCUACCUAUGGACACGUUUUAUACAAGUCACAUGUUCUAUACAGGAAACUAUUAGUGCCGGUGGAGGAAUGGAGAAUGGCAGAGGCACAGAAGGUUCAGAGUUUCGAAGAAGUCCGAAGGUCAAUUCCCCACUCUUCCACAGGCCAAGAUUCUCUUUCAAGGAGAACAGAUGUUUCCUUCCCUAGUGAAGGUAUCCUAGUUCGUUUUGACGGGGCAACAAAAAUCUCUCAAGGAUGUUCAACUGGCUUCGUCGGCUUUUCAGGUGAUGGAAAUAUCACAUUUGCAGUUGGUAAAUUCUAUCAGGGCAUCACAGAUGCAUAUAUAUCAGAAUUACUUGCUAUUCGUGAUGCUAUGAAAUGGUGUCUCACCCACAACUUCUUGACUGUUGCUUUUUGUCGGGACUCUCAAUUGGUCAUCAAGGAUGUGACAUCAAAGAAGGCUUCACAUUCAAGAGCGGGAGUCAUACUAGAGUAAGUUCACUCUCUCCUUCCCUCCUUCCUUUCAGUCUCGUGUCUUUUUGCUCCUCGGAGCUUCAACAAAACUGCUCACCUCGUGGCAAAACAUGCUCUUUUAUCGGGAGUCCGGUUGCAUACGGACUACCGUUCCUUUUUAGUGUCUUUCUUGUAAUUGUGUUGACCGGCCAUGCCCUGGGGGCUUAUCUUGGAUAAAAAAAACAAAAUAGGAACACGAAGAAGAGAAAGUGACAAAUCAUGCAAAAAGUGUGUCGGAUCAGGUGGUUUGGAUGAUGAAUUACAGUAAUGAAGCAAUUUGAAUAUU